CCAUCACGAUUUUAUUAAAACAAAUCCCAUAAUUCGAUUUUAUUAUGUGGAUGUCAUGUUUACACGUGUCAUAUUACAAUUCGUUAAAAUACAGUGUCUCUUCUCUGUCCGACUGGGCAUGACAGAUCAUCCAAGCAAAUCAAAUACCCAACUCUCACACGUUCUCAAACAAAAACUUCAAAGAGAGAGAGAGAGAGAGUUUUGUGAACUCAAGAAAAUAAAAAAAGUUAUAGUUAAUGGGAUUCGGCUUAGAGAGUAUCAAAUCAAUCUCCGGCGGAUGGGGCGCGGCGGCGCGUUCCUGUGACGCUUGUAAAUCAGUUACCGCCGCCGUGUUCUGUCGAGUUGACUCAGCUUUCUUAUGCAUAGCAUGUGACACAAGAAUCCAUUCCUUCACUCGCCACGAGCGCGUGUGGGUUUGUGAAGUUUGUGAACAAGCUCCCGCCGCCGUCACUUGCAAAGCCGACGCCGCCGCUCUUUGCGUCAGUUGUGAUGCCGAUAUUCACUCUGCUAAUCCUCUCGCUAGCCGUCACGAACGUGUCCCCGUCGAAACUUUCUUCGACUCAGCCGAAACCGCCGUCGCCAAAAUCUCAGCUUCUUCGACUUUUGGUAUCCUUGGCUCAUCCACCACCGUUGAUUUAACCGCUGUUCCGGUUAUGGCUGAUGAUCUCGGUUUAUGUCCGUGGUUACUUCCUAAUGAUUUCAACGAACCGGCUAAAAUCGAAAUCGGAACUGAAAACAUGAAAGGUUCUUCUGACUUUAUGUUUUCUGAUUUCGAUCGGCUUAUUGAUUUCGAGUUUCCGAAUUCGUUCAAUCAUCAUCAAAACAACGCCGGAGGAGAUAGUCUUGUUCCGGUUCAGACGAAAACAGAGCCUCUCCCGUUAACUAACAAUGAUCAUUGCUUCGAUAUUGAUUUCUGCAGAUCAAAGCUCUCUGCUUUCACUUACCCUUCUCAAUCAGUCAGCCACAGUGUUUCGACUUCUUCUAUUGAAUACGGUGUAGUUCCUGACGGAAACACAAACAACUCUGUUAACCGGAGCACGAUCACUAGCUCGACGACUGGUGGUGAUCAUCAAGCGAGCUCUAUGGAUAGAGAAGCUAGGGUUUUGAGGUACAGAGAGAAGAGAAAGAACAGGAAAUUUGAGAAGACGAUUCGUUACGCUUCGAGGAAAGCUUAUGCAGAGUCACGGCCAAGGAUCAAAGGCCGGUUUGCGAAAAGAACAGAGACAGAAAACGACGACAUUUUCCUUAGUCAUGUUUAUGCUUCAGCAGCACACGCACAGUACGGUGUCGUACCAACGUUCUGAUUCGAAUCUACGGUGGAUAAACAAUCAACCUGAAGACUUCAUAUCUUCCACCGUUGAUUUACAGUCGGUGUAUAAUAAGUAUAGUGAGUCUUACCGUAGACAAACAUCUUAUCCUCUUUACCGUUUUAAUUACUUUUUUUUUACGCGCUCUCACUGCCACUGUAACUCUUUUUUUUUUUCUUCCUAUAUAUGUAUGCUUAUUUUUAUUUAGAAAAUGUUAUGAAAUCAUAUAAUUUGGUAAUUAUAGUUUCUAUUGGCUG